CCGAUGUGGGAAGACGUCCCGACACGUCACUGAGUCAAACGCUGACGAUGUUACGCGAAUCGUCGCAAAGUUGAAAUAUAAACUAAUGAAGAACUCAGCUGAAUGGAAAACAAAAUUAAAUCCACAAAAAUUUAUAUCGAUUCUGUAAAAGCUACAAAGCAGUCGUAACUGAAUUGUGAAAACGGGAGUAAUUUAUAAAAAAUAUGAACAUUGAAAUAGAGCACUAUCAGUGGUAGUGAUGGAGUAAUGCUUUGUGCUACAAAUAGAUAAGUGUCAAAAACAAAAAUGAUGAUAGAGUUGAGCGAGUAUCGGUGAAGUGCAGUGAUGAUAGCAGUCGCAGCAUGACCACUUGGAUGGCGCUGUUCGGGCUGGUGUGGCUGUUGCGUGUGCGCGGCUCGCUGUGUGGUUGCGCGGCGUGUAAGCGCGCGCGCCAAGAGGCAGUAGACGCGCCCGACGACCUCACCCCGCGCGCGCCUAGCCCUGAAGAGCGCGCGCCCUUUGACGUCAUAGCGCUCGAGAACUACACGCGAGACGUCACAGUGCAGACGGACUUCGACGAUGACGAAAUCGAAAAUCUAGAUAAGAUCGAAUUACAAAUUUCCGAGGAGUCUCACGUCGGCAACUACGAUUGCAGCAGGGAACAACUCGUGCAAAGUCCCGGAAGCGACCGUCGCGUUUCAGGAAGUUACCAGUACCCAUCAGACUCGGACAGCGAAUCGGUCUGGGAAACAGCAGAGGUGACAUUAGAGCGUGGUGCCAACGGUCUUGGACUCAGCAUAGCUGGAGGUGAAACGGGCGGUGACGUCAGCAUCACAAGGCUCGCAGCAGGGGGCGCCGCGAAAAAGGACGGACGGUUACAAAUUGGAGACAUCCUGUUAGAAGUUAACGAUAUUUCCGUUGAGGGCGCCCCUCAUUCGGCAGCUGUAGAAGCGUUGCAACAAGCUGGGAACAUAGUAAGACUGCGAGUAAGAAGAGCUCGGAGACCUAGGGUGGUGAAGCUAUGGAGAGGCGCGCGUGGCCUCGGGCUGGGCAUAGCGGGUGGGUCGGACGACGCAGCGGGAGGCGGCGGAGUGUUCGUCUCGCACAUCGCCGUCGGCGGCGCCGCACACCACGAUGGCAGAUUAAGAUUAGGGGACAAGAUAUUAGCUGUUAGGGACGAGGACGGAAUUGAAACUUCAUUGGUGGGCGCGACUCACGCACAAGCGGUGUCUGCAUUGCGGAACACAGGGGAACAAGUUACCCUGGUUGUUCUACCUGCUGGAUCUAUACCUCCCGUGGCGCGAACGGCCCCCCUGUAUGCUACACGGACGCAAGCCACAUCGUGCUCUACACUGCACGAGCUUUUAGAGGAGGAACCGAAUGAAAUACCAAGGUGCGUUCGAAUGGUAAGGCUUGUGCGUUCAGGCUCCAGAUUAGGUAUGGAUAUAGUCGGGGGUUUGGGGGGAGAGGUAGAAGGAGCGCAGGGGACGGACGAAGAAGCGUGCGGUGUAUUCGUGUCUGGGGUGACAGCGGGCGGAGCGGCGUUUGGGAUGUUGCAUCGAGGCGACAGGAUACUGAGCGUCGACGGACGCGACUUGACAAGGGCGACGCAUGAACAGGCUGCAGCGGCUCUGAAGCAAUACUCGGGGAGUGCUGUAACAAUAGCAGCGCAAUACCAACCGGAACAAUACGAGAGGUUGCGCGCCCGCAUUCGAGCGAUAAACGCGGCGGCCGCCAUGUCGCCGCAUCUGAGGCACCCAACGCACGUACCCACGCAUACGGACAUUCACGCUAUGUACCCAAGGUAGCAGUGAACUAGCUGUGAAAAAGACCACUUGAUAAAUAUUGAAAAUUAGUUAGUGAAAAUUUUACAAUUGCAUAAAGUAAGUACACACUUGCUUGUAACAUAGCAUACUUUAGUUAUAAAAUUAAAAUCAUUGUGAUUUAUUUUGUAUUUCUUGUACUACAAUCGCGACUUUUUCUUUAUUACUACUGAUUAAAAUCAUAUUUAUAGAUUUUUUUUUAUUGAAACGAAGUGUUAAAUCUUUAUUUAUUAAAUUUUUGCUUUAAAUGGUCACAUGUAUCUGGCGGAAUUUGUUCACAUGAUCGCAUUUAUUUAUGCAUUUAUUUUCGGUUUAAGGUUUGAAACUGUAAUGAAUUAUAUUGUAUAACUAUGUUUGAAAAUAAUAACUUAAAAAUUUGUUAUUUAUCAAAGCUUUGAUGUUUCGUCAUAUAAAAAUUUCUUUAAUCUACAUCAAUAGCAAUAGUUUUUCAUUAUCGCAAUUCGGUAAUGCAAGUCCUAUUAUCAAAUACAGAUGUUUGAUGUUGAUUGCUAACUUUUAAUCUUAAUUUAGAAAAUUAGAAAUAGAUAAAAGAUUACAUAUGAAACAAUACAUUACGUUUGUGCGUUAAUAGGUUUCAACCACAAAUAUGUCAUUAUCACGUGUGUCGUGAAACCAAGUGAAACCUAAGUCGGUAUUUGUCGGUCUUUGAUAUCCAAUAUUGUCUUAGAUUUGUACUGAGCGUCGAAUUUAAUAACAGUGCCAUAUGGCGGAAUUUGAUUAGCUUGUAUCAUUCACCCAGCAAUACAACAGGAAAUACGGAUUUAAUCGAGAAACUCGACCCAAAUAACUUAGGUUGGUGUAUAUUUACCAAGUUUAUUAAGAAAAGAUGACGGUUUUAAUUCUAUGGCAACAUCAGGCAACUGGGGUCAAAACAUAAUCAACUUAACAUUAUAUACCUAUUUUUAUGACUUUUUUGUAAUUGUUAAAGAUAAAGUAAGUAUGUAAAAAUUGUGUAAGUAAUAAUUUCGUCAUUUUCAUUGUAUAUUAAAAUAAUAUGUUCAUCAUGAUGUCAUUAAGAUUGGGUAAUAAUUAUUUUCAUUGCACACAUUACAGUAAAACCGUCAAUAGUUGGAGCUUAUUGCAUUGUAAAUAAUACCUAUACAUUAAUGAAUCGAAUGAUCCAAAAAUAAAAAAUGUAGGAUUUUCCUAUUAAUUAAAGAAUGGUGACACUGAUUUGUUUAGAUCAUAAGUACCUAAGUAUUUAAUUGGUUAAUUAUUUUAUGGUGAAAAAAAAUCGACUUGUGUAAUGUUUUUUAUCUGUGAUACUAAGAUACUGUUAACGUUACUAUCAUUGUACGGUAAAAGUGAAAUUUAAUAUAUGUAUGACAUUGCAU